GUGGAAUAUUCACAUCCAUCCCAUCAGUACGCUUCGCAGUCUACCAGGAUGAAGUUCACGAUUGCAGUUUUGCUACUUGCCUUUUCCCUCGCAAAUGGUUAUUUGCAGGAUAACGAUGAAUAUGAUCCGUUCGAGCCGUUCAUCAGUGGCGGUACCAAUAGCGUGCUUGGACAGUUUCCUUCGAUAGUUGCCGUUGGCGUUCCUACCCCAACUAAUGCCUUCUGCGGUGGCGUGAUUCUAAACGAAAACCAUGUCCUGACGGCGGCUCGUUGUGUACUCACCGUCCAGAACACAUUGCUAUUCCCGAAUCAGGUCACCAUAAUGUCCGGCGUUCUCCAGUUGAACUUUGCCGCUGCCCGUAUUGGAGUGUCCGCAGUGUACGUCCAUCCGCAGUACAAUCCGUUCACAUUUGCCAACAAUUUGGCCGUGCUCCGCACCACGUCAAACUUCUUCCCGCCGGAGGUUGCUGUUCCCAACAUUGGCUUCGCCGUCCUAGGAAAUGAGAUACCCUUCGACGGAUUGGCGUGUCAAGCUGCCGGAUGGAACAAUGCUACCGCGACACCCGUCCAGCAGUUCAUCAACGCCCCCGUCAUCAACAGAGACACGUGCAACGCGUUGGCGGUGAACUUGGGCCGUAUCGACGAGUCGAUGCUCUGUGCUGGAAUAGUAACAACCGGGGCUGGUGUUUGUGCUAGCAACAUGGGAACCGGGCUAUUCUGCGAUGGCCAGCUGGCUGGAAUCUUGUCCACCGGGUUUGGAUGCGGAACGGCGAACAAUCCCGGAGUGUACACGCAGAUCCGCUACUACCAGCAGUGGAUACGGCAGCAGUUUGAUCGACAGGAUAUCCCUACCGGAGGAUCCUCGCCGAUUCCAAUUUGGUAGACAUAUUUGGGAAUAAGUUAAAUAAAUUUGCUUAAUUAAUUAA